CCAAGUGUUCGAGGACCCCUCAAGAUGUCCAUGCUCGCCGAACCUCGUCGUAAACAGAAGUGGUCUGUUGACCCCAGAAACAGUGCAUGGAGCAAUGAUGAGUCCAAAUUUGGACAGAAGAUGCUGGAACGCAUGGGCUGGUCCAAAGGAAAGGGUCUUGGCAAAAGUGAACAGGGGUCCACAGAACACAUAAAGGUUAAAAUCAAGAACAACAGCCUGGGUCUGGGCACUUCAGUAAACAAUGAGGACAACUGGAUUGCCCAUCAGGAUGAUUUUAAUCAACUCCUUGCUGAGCUAAACAACUGCCAUGGACAAAACCAGACAAACGAGCCCACACAUGAUCAUGCACAGGGUUUCAGUCUAGAGGAGAAAUCUAAAACAUCUAAGAAAAGGGUCCAUUACAUGAAAUUCACUAAGGGAAAGGACUUGUCCAGUCGCAGUGAAUCAGACCUGGCUUGUAUUUUUGGGAAGAGAUCGAAAAGAGAAACAAGAAACCAAGAUGAGGAAAGCAGUGGGCCUGACUCUCAGGAAGAGAGAGAGGGGGUCAAUGAGACAGAAAAUAACCCCAACCCAGUGGAGCAACUAAAUACAGUGACCAGCACACUGACCAUGCAAGAGUACUUCUCCCAGCGGAUGGCCCAACUCAAGAAGGCUCAGGUGGGCAGUGACUCAGCAGCAUCUUCACCUGGGUUCAGCAGCAAGGCUUCAGCUGCCUCCUUGGAUGGCUCCCCAAACACCAGAGAUAUCGAACAGUCUAAAAAGAAGAAAAGUAAGAAAAUAGUCAGAGAUGGCACUGAGGAAAUAGUAGAGGAUGUUGCACUGACCUCAGUAAAGAAAGACAGCCUUGAAGAGCCAAGUCGCUCAGAGAAAAAGAAGAAAAAGAACAAGAGAAGGCGAGAGGAGAGGGGUGAGGAUAGAGGUGAAGUGUGCAGCGCCUCUACUGUAACGGAUGAUGCUGCUGAGGAAGAGGCUCUAAGCUCAGAGAGGAGGAAGAUGAUAAAAACAUCUCCAGAGAUUCAUGCAGAGACAUUUGAAGAACAUAAAAUGGUAGAAAUAGAAAAUGUAGACCUUGAAGUUUCUGAUAAAAAGAAAAAAAAGAAGAAAAAGAGAAAGCAGCAGCAGGAGGAGAGAGUGACUGAGGAAAUCAUGCCCAAAAAGGACAAGAAAAAGAAGAGAAAUUAGGACGAAUUAUGUUUUCUAGUUCUUGUUACUCUUGAAAGGUCAGCUUUUUAAUACCGUGACCAUUUUAAUAUUGAGAACCAAAAUGAAGCCCAUGAAUUUAUUAAAUCCAUUAUUUGUUUUUUUCUCUAUAUUUAAAUUGAAUGACAAACAUCAUUAAAAAUGAUCUCAACUGUA